AUUAUUAAGCCAGAAGUCAAGAUGUUGUCGUAUACAAUAAUUCUCUUCGUGAUUUCCUGUUGCAAUCAACUAACUUUGGCUGAAAUCGAUAGACGAAGAUUUUCGAACCCCACAUAUUACAAUGUAGGAGGAGUUCUAUCUAGCAACGAAUCAAUCGCUUUCUUCAAAGAUACAAUUUCUAAAUUGAACUUCAAAGAUCAAUAUGUGCCUCGUGGAGUUACUUAUCACGAUUAUUCAAUACUAAUGGAUCCAAAUCCUAUAAAAACAGCAUUGAAUGUUUGCAAAGACCUCAUCGCACAUCGUAUUUACGCCGUGGUCGUAUCUCAUCCCCUUAUUGGUGAUUUGUCGCCGGCAGCAGUAUCUUAUACGAGUGGCUUCUAUCAUAUUCCCGUUAUAGGAAUAUCGUCCAGAGAUUCUGCAUUUUCUGACAAAAAUAUACACGUUUCAUUUUUGCGUACCGUACCACCUUACUCACACCAGGCUGACGUGUGGGUGGAUGUACUGAAACAUUUUAAUUAUAUGAAAGUGAUUGUAAUUCAUAGUUCAGACACUGAUGGCCGCGCUAUUUUGGGACGGUUCCAAACGACAUCGCAGAGUAUGCACGAUGACGUCGAUCGUAAAGUAGUGGUAGAGCAGGUCAUCGAGUUCGAACCAGGGUUGGAUUCUUUCAGUGAUAAAUUAAUGGACGUCAAAGGAGCUCAAGCAAGAGUAUUUCUCAUGUAUGCAAGCAAAACAGACGCAGAAAUAAUAUUUAGAGAUGCAACAUUUUUAAACAUGACAACAGCUGGCUAUGUGUGGAUGGUGACCGAGCAGGCUUUGGAUGCAGCUAAUGCUCCUGAAGGUCUUCUUGGAUUGCGUCUUGUUAAUGCUACUAACGAACAUGCUCAUAUUCAGGACUCUAUUUACGUAUUAGCAUCUGCUAUUAGAGAUAUGAAUACUACCGAAGAAAUCAGUGCUCCACCGUCCGAUUGCGACAACUCUGGAUCUAUUUGGACGACUGGACGGCUUCUGUUUGAUUACAUACGGAAGCAGAGUUUGGAAAAUGGUGCCACCGGUCACGUGGCUUUUGAUGACCACGGAGACAGAGUUCAUGCUGAAUAUGAUAUGGUCAAUGUGAGAGCACAAGGGGAACACGUAGCUGUUGGGAAAUAUUUUUACUCCAAGGAGUCAAAAAAGAUGCGUCUAGAACUAAAAGAACACGAGAUUAUAUGGAUGGGUCGCAGUCCAACUAAACCCGAAGGAUUUAUGAUUCCCACGCAUUUGAAGGUGUUGACGAUCGAAGAGAAACCGUUUGUGUACGCUCGAAGAGUGGAGUCUGAAACUGAAUGUGUUGCCGAAGAAGAAAUUCUUUGUCCUCACUAUAACGCAAGUGAUGACAUGGGCCAACUUUACUGCUGCAAAGGAUUUUGUAUGGAUCUGUUAAACAAUUUAGCAAAAGUGAUAAACUUUACAUACUCACUAGCUCUAUCUCCGGAUGGACAGUUUGGAAAUUACGUAAUAAGGAAUUUCUCAAUGCCAGGAGCUAAAAAAGAAUGGACGGGAUUGAUUGGGGAAUUGGUUUACGAACGCGCAGAUAUGAUUGUGGCUCCAUUAACAAUAAAUCCGGAGAGAGCAGAAUUUAUUGAGUUUAGUAAGCCAUUUAAAUAUCAAGGUAUCACCAUUCUAGAAAAGAAGCCAUCCCGUUCAUCUACAUUGGUAUCUUUUCUGCAACCGUUUUCGAACACGCUCUGGAUUUUAGUGAUGGUGUCAGUACACGUGGUAGCACUGGUGUUAUAUCUUUUGGACAGAUUCUCACCUUUCGGAAGGUUUAAGCUUGCUAAUAUUGAUGGCACUGAAGAAGACGCUUUGAAUCUCUCCAGCGCAAUUUGGUUCGCCUGGGGCGUGCUCUUAAACAGUGGUAUUGGUGAAGGAACACCACGUAGUUUUUCCGCAAGAGUAUUGGGAAUGGUUUGGGCAGGAUUUGCGAUGAUUAUCGUAGCUUCUUAUACUGCCAAUUUAGCUGCUUUCCUCGUGCUGGAGCGGCCUAAAACCAAACUAACAGGAAUUAACGAUGCCAGAUUACGUAAUACAAUGGAGAACCUCACUUGUGCCACAGUGAAAGGAUCAGCAGUAGACAUGUAUUUUCGAAGACAAGUGGAACUUUCUAAUAUGUAUCGAACAAUGGAAGCUAAUAACUACGAUAACGCCGAACAAGCUAUUGAAGAUGUGAAAAACGGCAAGCUAAUGGCGUUUAUUUGGGACUCAUCGCGAUUAGAAUUCGAAGCUGCACAAGAUUGUGAAUUGGUCACAGCCGGUGAAUUAUUCGGUCGUUCCGGUUAUGGUGUCGGCUUACAAAAGGGCUCCCCGUGGGCGGAUUUGGUCACUUUAGCCAUACUGGACUUCCAUGAAAGCGGUGUUAUGGAGAGCCUGGAUAACAAGUGGAUUCUUAGAAACAAUAUGCUGAAUUGCGAGGAGAAUGAGAAAACGCCGAACACUUUAGGUUUAAAAAACAUGGCGGGCGUGUUUAUACUCGUAUUGGCGGGCAUUAUCGGAGGGAUAGUGCUUAUAGUUAUAGAGGUGGUCUACAAACGACACCAGAUACGGAAGCAGAAGAGGAUGGAAAUCGCACGACACGCUGCCGAUAGGUGGCGUGGCUGCGUUGAGAAGCGUAAAUCGUUGCGAGCUUCUUUGUUGCCGUCACAGAGACGCGUUAAAUCAAACGGAGUGAAGGAAGCAGGAAGCAUCAGCCUGGCAGUGGACAGAGGCGCAAGGCGUCGAGAUGAGCCGAGGGUACCACGCUAUCUACCAGCGUAUACUCCUGACGUAUCUCACCUUGUCGUUUAAUAUAUAUUGUUUGUUACCAUCUAAAAACAUAGAAAAUGCAUUACUGCGUUUUUAAAAGAAAACAAAGUACCACCCAUAUACUUACACUCAGAGAACGCUAUAGGAGGAUAUAUAAAAUAGAUCGAAUUCGAUUGUUUCCAUUCUAUUCUGUACGUGUAUGGAGAAUAGUAUAUUUUGGCGGUAGUUUAUUCCUGUUGUUUAUUUUGUGAAUUACAUUAAUAAGGAUAAUUUUAUAUUGCGCUGACAGCGCCCGUCCGUUUAUCUGUCUAAACACUUUUAGGUCGUUUAUAGUCUAGAAUUUAUAAUACACUCUCAUGAUAUAUAAUAAAUUGUUCACUAUAAAUUUGGCCAACUUACACUAAGGCUUUAAGAAGUAAUACAUCAUAUUUAUUAUUCUGUAUUGGCUUUGGUGUUCUACCACGUGGCUGGCGUGGUAUUGACCACAACUGCAGAAUAAUUACGUUUGUAAAAUAACAUGUAAUGUGUUUCUGACGAGCUAAUAUUCAAAGUCGUCAAUUAAAAUGAAUUCCCCAAGUUAUGGAACACCAGAUAUAUAUUUAAGAAUAUUAAUAGUUUAUUCGAUACGUUAUAUCGUAUAGGCACUAUAUUAAAAUUAAAUUGACUAGAUAGACAAAUAGGAAUAGUUAUUAAAUUUGUCUUCUCAGCUCAAAGGGUCCCACUAAGGGUGACAACCCCUAGUGGGAUAAUGCAGCAAUUGUACUAUACUAUUUUAUUUUUACUAUAUUAUAUUAUUCUAACUCCUUUAUUUAUUGUCUUACCUUAAUAAUUAAUUCUAUUAUUUUUAUAUUUACUUGUAUUUACAGCAAGUGUUUAAGAAACUUCAGAUAAUUACGCAUUACAAGAAUCGAUAUUGUCAUAAAAAUACAGAGAAAUAAAGCAGGGAGCUAUUUAUGAUG